AUGUUCCCAAACGUCCUACAUCUGCGGCUCGGCGAUCUCGAUGGCGCUAUCGCAAGCAAGUCGCUGUUGGCGCCUGUGACUAGGCAGUCCAACCCCAUUCGGCUUGUGGGGACCCACAUUUCCCUUCCUCACAGCGACCAUGGCGUCGCACUCCCCGCAGGCAACGCUUCUAGCGACGGGGCAGUCAGUGCUCCGCUUGCGCGCCGAGCCGCGGUAGUUCGGGCAGAGAGAGCCGUCGGAUCUAACGACGUCUCCCCCCGAGCCGUUGGAUCCUGCAAAUCUGACGUGGCGCCCCCCUGCGAAUCUGCCCCGCGCGCCGUUGCUAGCGUUGACUGCGGCAACCUGGCGUCCGCCAGUCACGCAUCGCCACGUGGCCGCAUUGUUUCCGCCGUAGCCGGCGCGUUGGUGGCGAUUCAUUUGGCAGCCGCCGCGAGUCCUCUCGAGGCCGUCGCCGCCGCGUUCAACGCGGCCCACCCAUGGGUGGCAGCAGCGGAGCAGUCGCCCUAUGUGCGCGCGCAGGAGGGGCAGGAUGAGGACGUGGGGCUGCUGGACGGUCGCAUCCGCCCCUGCCCCCUAGCGGUCAACCCCAACUGUGUCUCCACCUCCUCCCUCAGUCUCGCCUACUCACCGCCCUGGACCGUGCCCUCCCUCAGCUCCGCCACGGCUGUCCAGAGGCUAGAGGGAGUGCUGCGCUCGGCACUCAAGAACCCGGUCAUUGAGGACUCAGUUGACGUCGCUGAUGGAGGGCACUAUAUCAGGGCCAAAACAGAUGGCCUGUUUGGGCGUGACACUGUCGAGCUGCUACUGCGCGACGACAAUGUAUUAUACCGCUCUAUAGCGGGGCGCGUGGUGUACAUAUACCCAUUUACCACCCCAUUAACGGACUUUGACGCACAGAGGAAGCGCAUGGAUGCACUGGGGAAGGAGCUGGGGUGGCUCCAGGAGUAUGAGUACGAGACGGAGUUCGAAAUGGACUACGAUUAUUGA